CCCAAACGGUAUCAUGUGAUUCUGACCCGGUUUUCUGUUUCAAUGGAAUCGUCUUCGUGUCCCGUACGACAUUUUUCUUCGUAAGAUCUCCAGGGUAAAACCACCAGAUUUUGAUUCUGUAGAGCAGCAAUACCAGUAGCAGUAGCAAGUUGUUCAUAUACUCUAUAAUGGAAAUUGAGGAGGAAACAAGAACAAUUCCUCAAGUUCUCUACGAGACUCGUCAUCACGCGUCUAGACCUUACUCUCCAAAUUACCCCCCUGUUCAUCACCAGCUAAAUGAAGCCACUAAAGGAGGUUUCCUCAGGUUUCUUUCGGCGCAAGGUCUGAAUGAGUUUAGAGAAAAAUGGGCCACAAGUAAAUAUCCACAGAAAUUGAGCAAAUGGAUAUCGAUGUUUGUUUCGCCAAGUGGCGAACAUGUGGCUAUAGCAGUUGGAAACGAGAUAACUAUUCUACAGAGAGAUGAUAAUUACCAAGAGCCUUGUGGGAUAUUCACUUGCAGCUACCCUAUCACAUACACGUUUGGAGCCUGGUCAGAAGAUCAUGGUGUUCUAGGAAUUUUUGAUAAUACCGAUACCCUUUAUUUCAUAAGAGCAAAUGGUGAAGAGAUAACCAGAAUUACAAAGCAGCAUUUAAAAGUGCCUUUGCCAAUUAUCAGUUUUGUUAUUCAUGACGAUAAGGAUGUGAAAAAGUCUUGUUUGUGUACGUUUAGCAUCCUUGCAUCAGAUGGUUCAGUUCAUGAGAUUGAGAUUAGUCAGGACCCAAGUGCCUCCAUUUCCACAACUAGCAGCUCAAAUGUUGGUGCAUUGUUACAAAAGCAAUUCCCUCAAAACAUUUCUUGUUGUGGGUCCCAUCCAGAUAACUCAUUGUUUGCUGUAGUUAGUAGUGCUGUUAGCAUCACAUCAACCUCCAGCCUUAGCAUUGGACCUUACAGUAUUACUCUUUGGCAAUGGUGUAGACAAUCAGGCUUACAGCAACUGGCUUCUGCUGAGUUUGAAGGUCUAUAUACCAAAACAAAAGGUUAUACAGAUCAAAUGUCAUGUCCAAAAGUUGUAUUCUCACCACAAGGAGAAUACAUUGCUACACUGGAUUUAAGAGGAUGUUUAGUCAUCUACAAGCUUGAUGAAAAACACUUGCUUCCAGUAGUUCAUUACAAACAAAAAAAAGACUUGACCAAUAUAUUAGAUUUCACUUGGUGGGCUGACCAUAUCCUUGUUGUUGCCACUAGGACUGGCAAUAUCACUAUGAUUGACAUUCAAAGUGGUGUUAAAAUCUUGGAAGAUGAUUCUGAAUACGCUUUGCCUACUUUAGAAAGAGUAACACAGUUGUCAGGAUGCAUAUUUAUCCUAGAAAGCAAGAAUUUUGAAGCUUCAGAUUUGGUUCUUUUUGAGCCAGUAACCCUGGAAAAAUACAAGCAGUUUGACUCUGCUAAAUUGCAAUGGAGCUUAAUUUCAUUUGCAAAAAGAUCUGUUGAGGAACUAUAUGAUAUUUAUAUCAGCAGUCGACAGUUUCAGGCAGCAUUAGAGUUAGCUGAUCGUCAUGGGUUGGAUAAAGAUGAAGUGUUGAAAGCACAGUGGUUGUGUUCUUUACAGGGAACUAGUGAAAUUAAUACAUUACUUUCGCGUAUUAAGGAUCAAGAUUUUGUACUUUCUGAGUGUUUAGAUAGAGUUGGACAAACAGAAGAUGCAGUCAGGACUUUACUUUCUUAUGGACUCAAUUUAACAAACCGUUGUAAAUUUUCUGAUGUGGAAGAUGAAGAGGGUAGCCCAAGUUGGGAUUUCCGGUUAGCAAGACUUAAAAUGUUGCAGUUCAGAGACAGGCUGGAGACAUUUCUUGGGAUAAACAGAUUUUCUGCACAAGAUUACAUCAAAUUUCGCUCAUUACCCAUCCAUGAAGCUGCUAUUGCACUUGCAGAAAGUGGGAAACUUGGAGCUUUAAAUCUUCUUUUCAAGCGCCAUCCUUACUCAAUAUCUCCUUCCAUGCUUGAAAUUUUGUCUGCUAUCCCUGAAACAGUCCCUGUUCAGACAUAUGCACAGCUUCUUCCUGGAUCUUCCCCUCUUCAGGUUACUGUUCUUAGGGAAGAAGACUGGGUUGAAUGUAAAAAGAUGGUAAAUUACAUUAAUACCCUCCCACAGAGUGACAUCCAGAUCAGAACCGAACCAAUUGUGAAACAAUUAACAGGAUUCACAUGGCCAUCAAGAGACGAACUAUCUACCUGGUACAAACAUAGAGCUAGAGAUAUGGAUACCCUAAGUGGACAGCUGGACAACUGUCUUUCUUUAAUUGACUUUGCUUGCAGAAAGGGGAUCAAAGAAUUGGAAGAUUUCCACAAGCUUAUUUCUUAUCUACACGAGCUUAUUUACUCUGAGGAUGAUGAUGAUCAUGAUAUGAAUUUUAGCAUGAGUCUGGUUACAUGGGAACAGCUGUCUGACUAUGAAAAGUUCAAGUUGAUGCUUAAGGGGUACAAUGAGGAAAAUGUAAUAAAAAAGCUACGAGAUAGAGCAGUACCAUUUAUGGAGAAGCAUCAUGGUCCUAGCGCUGACGUGGCGGACACUGUUGAUUCGUUUUUGGUUAGAUGGAUGAAAGAAGUUGCUAUGGAGAAUAAGAUUGAAGUCUGUUUGGUUGUUAUUGAAGAGGGGUGCUACUUUUUCAGAAAUGAGGCUGAAGCAGUAGACUCUGCUCUUCGGUGUUUGUAUUUCUUUACUGCAACUGAUAAAUGGAGUACCAUGGGUUCAAUGUUGUUUAAACUUCCACAUUUGCAUGGUUCUGAAGUGGAUGACCUCAAAAAGCGGCUUAAACUUGCAGAAGGUCAUGUUGAGGCUGGAAGGCUUUUGGCUUUUUACCAGGUUCCAAAGCCAAUUGCUUUCUUCCUGGAGGCACAAUCAGAUAGCAAAAGUGUGAAACAGAUUCUUCGCCUUAUACUUUCAAAGUUUAUUCGUCGCCAGCCUGGCAGAACAGAUAAUGAUUGGGCAAAUAUGUGGCGAGAUUUCCAGUCCCUACAAGAAAAGGCAUUUCCUUUUGUGGAUUUAGAAUACAUGUUGAUGGAGUUUUGCAGGGGGUUACUAAAAGCUGGGAAGUUCUCUCUUGCUAGAAACUAUCUAAAAGGCUCUGGUUCACUUGUGUUGCCAACAGAUAAAGCUGAAAAUAUCGUCAUUUUGGCAGCAAGAGAGUACUUUUUCUCAGCAUCAAGUCUAUCUAGCUCAGAAAUCUGGAAGGCGAAGGAAUGUCUAGAUAUUCUUCCAAGCAGUAGAAACGUAAUGAUAGAGUCAGACAUCAUUGAAGCCCUAACAGUGAAACUCCCAAGAUUAGGAGUACACAUUCUACCAUUACAAUAUCGCCAAAUCAAAGACCCAAUGGAAAUAAUCAAAUUAGCAAUCACAAGCCAAACCGGAGCCUACCUCAACAUCAACGAGCUCAUUGAAAUCGCCAAACUUCUCGGCCUCAACUCACAAGAUGAAAUCUCAUCCGUUCAAGAAGCUAUUGCUAGAGAAGCAGCAGUUGCAGGAGACCUUCAACUUGCUUUCGAUUUAUGUCUUGUCAUGGCCAAAAAAGGACACGGCCCCGUUUGGGAUUUAUGCACUGCACUUGCAAGAGGGCCCGCACUUGAAAACAUGGAUAUAAAUUCCCGAAAGCAACUCCUAGGGUUUGCUUUGAGCCACUGUGAUAAAGACUCGAUUGGUGAACUUUUACACGCAUGGAAAGAUCUCGAUAUGCAAAGCCAAUGUGAAAAGAUAUCCAUGUUGACCGGAGACCACCCCCCAGUUGACCAAGUUGAAGUAACAGAUUUCAGCAGCAUAAAAAAGACACUCUCUGAUGUAUCUGACUACGAUUCCGAUUCCGAUUCUAUGCUCAGAGAAAACGGUAAAAUUUCAUCUUUUUUGGGUUCAUGGCUCCCGUGGUUGCUUGAGGUGAGUCGAGAAGGGGAUAAUGGUAAAAGGUUUGUUUCCGGAAGCUUCCGGGUGAGUGUUGGAAUGCGAGCAAUGGCGACUGUUGUGUCAUGGUUGGGAAGGAAUGAUUUUUGUCCUAAGGAUGAUUUGAUUGGUUCUUUGGCGGAAUUGAUUAUGGAGCCACCUGUUACGGAAGAGGAAGAUGUUUUAGGGUGUGCGUUUUUGUUGAAUUUGAAUGAUGCGUUUUAUGGUGUGCAAAUCAUUGAAGAACAGGUGAAGUCAAGAGAAGAUUAUGAGGAGAUAUGUAGUAUGAUGAAUUUGGGGAUGAUUUAUAGUUUGCUGCAUAACUCUGGUGCUGAGUGUGAGGGUCCUGCUGAGCGGAGGGAAUUGCUGUUAAGAAAGUUCCAGGAGAAAUACUCUUCGCUAAGUUCAGAUGAACGCAACAAAAUUGACCAAGCACAGUCGUCAUUUUGGAGAGAAUGGAAAUUGAAAUUAGAGGAACAAAAGCGAGUGGCUGAUCACACAAGAGCAAUUGAGCAAAUUGUUCCUGGUAUUGAAACAUCACGCUUUCUAUCUGGAGACAUCAACUAUAUGGAGAGUGUGAUUUUCUCCUUCGUUGAGACAGUAAAAACUGAAAAAAAGAGAAUCCUCAAAGAUGUCAUGAAAUUAGCUUCGGAUUAUGGCUUAGAUCAAACCAAGGUAUUACUAAAAUUCCUUUCUUCAACUCUUCUCUCUGAAAUCUGGACAAUCGAUGACAUCAAAUCCGAGCUUUCACAAUUCGAAACCAAAAUCCUCCUCAAUCACCCCGAAGACAUCUUCAAAACAAUCUCCUUAUCAAUAUACCCUGAAAUCAAUGGCCAAAACAAAGAACGCCUCUCAUACAUCUACCACCUCCUCUCCAUUACCUUCCCAAUAAUCGAACAAAAAAACAAACUAUUUGACACCAUCGCCACAGAUCCAUCACACCUAUCCAUCAACGAGCUCGAUAACUUCUACACCCUCAUGGAACAAGAAUGCAGUAAACUUUCAUUCAUCAAAGACCUCAACUUCAAAAACAUCGCAAAUUUAAACGGCCCAAAUUUAGGAUGUGUUACAAAUGAAGUAUACGCGCAUGUCAACGAAGAUACAGUUGAACAAUUAGCAGACACAAUGAAGACACUCACGGGAAUUUAUAAAGAUCAUGUCCCUGAGGGUUUGAUCCCGUGGCCAUAUGUAUACGGAUACUACGUGUCAACUUCGUUGACUUUCUUGGAAAACAGCGCAAAGUCAAACCAUCAUUUUCAAACACCCGAAAACCUUCGCUUCUUCAUUAACGACCUCGAGCUUACAUAUGAUAAAUGCAAAAAGUACAUCAAACUUAUCGCGUACCCUGGUGCUUCUGUGAUGGGUAUAAUGAAGAAGUUUUUCAAGAUAACUCCAUCUUUGAACGAUGGGUUUGAUCAUUUAUCUCAUGAUUCAAAAUGGAAAGAGGAUUUGCUUCUUCUUGUGAAUUUCUGGCUCAGAUUGAUCGAUGAUUUGAAGACGUUUGUUUCCUCGAAUGAUCUCGAAGCGAAAUUCUCUCCCGAUUGUGUCUUGAUUUGUCUUGAAUCGUUUGUCGAAUUGGUAAAAGACGAAAGUAUCCCUACAAGCAACGGAUGGGCGGCUACUUUUUCGUAUAUUAACUUCGGUCUCGUGGGCGAUGUGUACACGGAGAUUCUCACUUUUUGCAGAUCGAUGAUGUUUUCCGGGUGUCGAUUUAAAACAAUCGCUUGUGUUUAUCACGCGGCGAUUUCAAAGUUUCCACCCGACACGAAUUUGUCGGAUGAGAUUCGAAGGCAUUAUGAGAACAUCAUGGGUUUGUCGCGUCUUUAUUUAAGAAUCUUGGAGACGAUUUUAAAGGAUUUGGCUCGUGGGUCCCUCGACCACCAAAAUUUAUAUCAUGUGUUGUCAAGUUUAAGCGAAUUGGAGGGCGAUUUGGACGAGUUGAAGAAGGUUAGAAUUGUAAUUUGGGAGCGACUUGCGGAAUUUUCCGAUAACAUGGAAAUCCCGAGUCAUAUUCGUGUUCAUAUGCUCGAAGUUAUGCAAUUCAUAACAUCAAGUUCUUUUUCCACCGAGCUUCAAGAAAAUGUCGUCCCGUGGGAUGGGUGGGGUAAUAUGGGAAUAUCAAGUUCAAAUACACCGAGGGUAACCGAUUCAUCAAACCGAUUUACACAUACUUUAAUCGCUCUUAAAUCAUCACAAUUACUAUCAACAAUCUCACCGACCCUCGAGGUAUCUCCAAACGACCUCUCGACUAUCGAUUCCGCGGUUUCUUGUUUCUUGAAUUUAUCUGAACAUGCGGUUUUGCGACCCCAUGUCAAUGUUUUGAUGUCGGUGUUAGGAGAAUGGGAAGGGCUUUUUGGUAAAUUGAGCGUGAAAGAGGACGUUAAAAACCCGCCCCCUGAGACCCCCGUAAAUGAUUGGGGAAACGACGAUUGGGAUGAAGGAUGGGAAGUAGAAGAAGAUUUAGUCGAGAGAGAAACGAAAAAAGACGAUAAUACCCUUACGGUUCACGCUUUACACUCAUGUUGGGCGGAGAUUUUCAAGAAACUCAUAUCUUUGUCUCAAUCCAAAGACAUUUUAAAAAUCAUCGACGAUUCGAAACCUAAACAAAACGGGGUUUUGGUGAACGAGGAUUCCGCUUGUGAGUUGACACAGUCUUUACUCAAAAUGGAUUGCUAUUUAGCGCUUAAGGUUGCGGUUUUACUUCCUUAUGAGAAGUUACAUUUGGAGUGUUUAACCGUGGUUGAGGAUAAACUAAAGGAGGGUAACAUUCCAACCACGGUUUUAACCGAUUACGAGGUGUUCAUUUCUUUGUUGGCUUCCGGAUUGGUAUCGACUAUAAUAACGAAACCAUGUUAUGGGAAUAUUUUCUCGUAUUUGAAUUAUAUGGUUGGGAGUUUAUCUCGGAAGCUUCAAGAAGCGGAUUUUUUGGUGUUUAGAAGAGUUCUUUUACCAUGUUAUUUAUCGGAGCUUGUGAAGGGAAAUCAGGUAAUGUUAGCGGGAUUAGUUGUGACAAAGAUUAUGCAUACCAAUGCUUCUCUUGGGUUGAUUAAUGUGGCUGAAGAUAGUCUUAGGAAGUACUUGGAAAAUCAGCUUCAAGUUUUAAGUCUCACGGGGUUUGAAUUCGAUUGUGAACCACUUGUGAAUACGGUUGCCGAAUUGAGUGGAAAGUUGGAGAAUUUGAUCAAAUCUGCUGUGGAGCUGUUGAGUUAAUUAAUAUGAUAUCAUAUUUUGAUGUGUAGAUAUAUUAUUUAAUAUAUGUUUGGAUUUUGAGGGGAUUGCAGUUACUUCAGUUUCUUGGAUACAAAAUGCGUAUCAGUAGGAAUAUAUUUCAUAAUAUAUCAUUAGAUUGUAUACUCA